UCCAAGAUGGCGGCGGAGGGAGGUGGGAAGGAGAUGAACGAGAUUAAGACCCAGUUCACCACCCGGGAGGGGCUGUACAAGCUGCUGAGCCACUCGGAGUACAGCCGGCCUAACCGCGUGCCCUUCAACUCGCAGGGCUCCAACCCCGUCCGCGUCUCCUUCGUCAACGUCAACGACCAGAGCGGCAACGGGGACCGGCUCUGUUUCAAUGUGGGCCGGGAGCUCUACUUCUACAUCUACAAGGGGGUCCGCAAGGCUGCGGACUUGAGUAAACCAAUAGACAAAAGGAUAUACAAAGGAACACAGCCUACAUGCCAUGACUUCAAUCACUUAACAGCCACAGCAGAAAGUGUGUCACUUCUAGUGGGCUUCUCUGCAGGCCAGGUCCAACUUAUAGACCCUAUUAAAAAAGAAACUAGCAAAUUAUUUAAUGAGGAAAGACUAAUAGACAAGUCCAGAGUAACCUGUGUAAAAUGGGUACCAGGUUCGGAAAGCCUUUUCCUAGUAGCUCAUUCCAGUGGCAAUAUGUACUUGUAUAACGUGGAGCACACUUGUGGUACCACAGCCCCGCACUACCAGCUACUUAAACAAGGAGAGAGUUUUGCAGUGCAUACUUGCAAGAGUAAAUCCACAAGAAACCCUCUGCUUAAAUGGACAGUAGGUGAGGGUGCCCUGAAUGAAUUUGCCUUUUCCCCUGAUGGGAAGUUCUUGGCGUGUGUGAGCCAGGAUGGUUUUCUUCGCGUGUUUAACUUUGAUUCAGUGGAAUUGCAUGGUACAAUGAAAAGCUACUUUGGAGGACUGCUGUGUGUGUGUUGGAGCCCCGAUGGGAAAUACAUAGUGACAGGUGGAGAGGAUGACUUGGUGACAGUUUGGUCUUUCGUGGACUGUCGAGUUAUAGCGAGAGGCCACGGACAUAAAUCGUGGGUCAGUGUCGUUGCGUUUGAUCCAUAUACCACUAGUGUAGAAGAGAGUGACCCGAUGGAAUUUAGUGGAAGUGAUGAGGAUUUCCAAGACCUUCAUUUUGGCAGAGAUCGAGCAAAUAGCACGCAAUCUAGACUAUCCAAAAGGAACUCUACAGACAGUCGUCCAGUAAGUGUUACGUAUAGAUUUGGUUCAGUAGGUCAGGACACACAGCUCUGUUUGUGGGAUCUUACAGAAGAUAUCCUCUUCCCCCACCAACCUCUCUCAAGAGCAAGGACACAUACAAAUGUCAUGAAUGCCACAAGUCCGCCUGCGGGAAGUGGUGGAACUAACCCAGGAAGCAAUGGAAACAGUAUCACAACACCUGGAAACUCUGUACCCCCUCCUCUUCCACGGUCAAACAGCCUUCCACACUCUGCAGUCUCAAAUGCUGGCAGUAAAAGCAGUGUCAUGGAUGGUGCCAUUGCUUCUGGCGUUAGUAAAUUUGCAACCUUAUCGCUACACGAUCGGAAGGAAAGACACCAUGAAAAAGAUCACAAGAGAAACCAUAGCAUGGGACAUAUAUCUAGCAAGAGCAGUGACAAACUGAACCUAGUUACUAAAACCAAAACGGACCCAGCUAAAACUUUGGGAACACCUCUCUGUCCCCGAAUGGAAGAUGUUCCCUUGUUAGAGCCUCUUAUCUGUAAAAAGAUAGCACAUGAAAGACUGACUGUGUUAAUUUUUCUUGAAGACUGUAUAGUCACUGCUUGUCAGGAGGGAUUUAUUUGCACAUGGGCAAGGCCUGGUAAAGUGUGCUUAGGUGGUCUUAUGCUCUCACAGUGUGCUGAACAAAUGGCCACAAUGAAACUGUUAACUUGCCAUGCUUUAAAGUAAGAAGUUGAUCGCAUCUGUAACCUGCUCUGAGAAAAUGUUUCAGUUCAUCUUAAGACUAUGCAGAUGUUUUGAUGUUUAAAUCUUGCUGAUAAGGUCAAGACUCAUGAUAGCUAUAUUUUUAGGAUUAGAGUAACAUUAAACAGAAUAUUUACCAAACCACUUUUCAAACUUGUUUAAACUCAGAUUCAGCAGAACACAGACAUGGCUGUGUCUAGAUUGUCUCUGCACACCUGUCCGGUAGGAGCCGGGGCAGAGUGUCGUCAUUCCUUCUAGGACUCUACAGGAGCUCUUUCCUCUGUGGACUCUGGUGCAGGGUAUGUUCUUUAUUCCAGCUUCAGAUCUUGGUGUUUACAUAAUGAUUGCUGAAUUUACAGUCCCAAGGGUGUGGCUCAUAUAGAUGAUUCAAACAUUUUCUGUCUAGAAAAAAUAGUCUAGAAUGAAACUCAACUAAAAUAAACUAGUCUAAAACUUCAGCUGCAAAAUUUCUUGGAGCAAACUUAGGUGAAGACUUCAGAUGUUGCUCUUCCAUUUGCGGGGUUAGGAAUUGUCACCUUUGUAGUGUUUCUUUGUUGACAAAGAAAGAGCCAAACAACUGCUGUUUACUGAAGUGUUUCAGAGGCAUUUUUGAGGAAUUUCAGUGUAAAAGUGUGUUACUUUGGGUCUAGUCUGACGGGGAGGACUCUUGUUUAUCUAUUAUGCAAAAAUACUCUGUAGACUAAAGCUGAGGCAAUCAUCUUAUGUAAACUUGAGAACUUUGUGGUACUUCAAAGGUAUUGAUUGACCAUUGUGAUGAUCUAUACUUAGAACGUAGAUGCGUAUUUAAGAACAGGGGUUUUAGUGAAGGAACAAAAUAAAAUCUGUUUCAACGCUUCUGAACAUCCAGUUAUAUCAAAUGAUGCAAGAACUGGUUGGUCAAACCAAUUUCUCAGUAUUCAGUGUAAGCCUGAAACAAAACCCAACUUUGACAGGCUUUGUAGUCAGAGAAGGUAUUUGGAAAAAUAUGUCGUAACAUAAAGGUGUCAUUUUACUUGCCUUUAAUAAUAUUGCACAAACUUUUCAAGGAAAUAACUUGUAAGAUCAUGUUAUUUUCUGGGUUUUGAAGCUGGAUUUUAGGUAGGUGCUGCUCAACCUUAUCAAAUUCAUUUGGCUCCUUUCUUCUGCUAAGACCACAGUCACUUGACAGCUAACUCGCAUGGAGUUGCCUUAAGUCAUAUACUUUUCCCUGAGGUUUUUCUCAAUUUCAUUAUUUUCUAAACUGAAAAUUUUACGCCUUACUGACUUUUGUAGUUUGAGAAAAGUAGAGAAACAACAGUUUCUAAGCACGUGAGCCCGUACUACUUGAAUGAAGCUUAAGGUCCUACUUUUUUGAGCCAGGUCAGGUUUCUGCUGGCAAAAGCCUUCUCUGCGUUUUCAAGCACCCAAGUAGUUGUAUCUUAUUUUUUUUCCCCUUGGACCUGCAUAUCUUCUAUUUGCCUAUUGCCACUGGACAGAUUUUUAGUUACUGGUUUUCUACAAGCCUUGAAUUUGGAUUUUUUUGUUGACAGUGACCUCUGCUAAGAGAAAAACUCCUUUAUAUACACAGAGGAGAAGUUGCAAGUGAAACCUUAAAGGCGAAUACAGUCUUUUAUAAGGUCUGGUGUCAAAUGGUUUAUGUAUUUAUACUUUUGUGUAAUGUUACCAGAACAGAGAAGUAAGAGGCAAAUGGAAUACAAAUUCAAAAGUCCAUUUAAUGAACACACAAACUGUGUAAAGACAGAUAUCAGCUUUGCUCUAUCCCCCUAAAUCCUGUACAAAAUAUUUCUCUGUAGCAUGUUAUGUGAAUGAAUAGCAUGUGCUUUCCUGCGCAUUUUCAUUUAAUUAAUUUUAUUAGUCCAUUAGACAUUAAUAUCUGAUUUAGUGAGUAUAUGCAGUUCAGAAAUUUUAGCUGUUAAACACUUAUACCUUUGGAUAAGGAGCUUGAAGAUUUUGUUCAUGUAAAUCUUAAAACCAGUUCAGCUGAUGUAACUACAGAAUUUUAAACAAAUGUGAGAAAUCUCACUUUGAAAACGUUUUGGCAUAUUAUUGCUCAAAUACUGUAAUAGACCAUGGGCUCUUUUCUCAAGCAAAGCUGUCAGUCCAGAUUACUUUGUAACCUUAGUUACACAGUAAUCAUUAAUUACUCCAGGAAUAUCAUAGUUCUGGAUAAGAAUAAACUAUUCCUGGAAUAUUUUUCUAAUAAUCAUUUCCCAUUGUUUUAUAUACUGGCAAUAGUAGAAGUGGUUUAACAAACCAGUACCAUUCUUGUAUGGACAUUUGUUAAUUCAGCCAUAUUUUAAUUUGUGUAAUUGCAUUAGUGAAGUGUACUAUGAGACUUCUUUUUUUACACUGGAUUGUUUGUUAUGUUGGACUGUUUCCUUUAUUUUUUUCUACCUUUCAAUUUCAAACCAGAAAGUAGAAAGAUGAGCAGAGUUUGACAUCCAGCAUGUUCUGAGCACCAGUGGAGCUGUUUCCCUGAAGGAGAAAUGCACUUUCUGUAUCCUGCUUGUCUAAACUUGCCAUUUAUUAUCUAGAUUAGUGGAACUAUGUACGAUUGCACCUUUGGCUCCAAUUAAACCUCUUCUAAUUUAAACUAAGAAAAUAUUAACUCAGUGGCUACUGUUGACCUUUUCUUACUUAGUAUUGCAUUAUCUUCCUGAUUUUUUUUUUUUUAAUACAGCUGUUACAUGCUGAUCAUUCAUGGAAUUAGUUUCUGUUGUGAAACCUUAUUUUUCCUGUCUUUGGAAUAAAGCCACAGACUUUUGUCUGAAUUGUAUGUGGAAUUUUUAAAAAUAUACCCACCCCUCUCCUCACAAUCCUGUAAAUGGGGAAGGAGGGUUUGUGGUCAUGCUGCUGCAGUGAAUGGACCUCAGCAAUGAGUGCCACAAACCUCGGGUGCAAAUGGCCUUCCUGAUUGUAUUUGUUAUGGCUUUUCAUUCCUACCCAUACCAGCAUAUUUUUUACCAGAUGUGCAAAGUCCUUUGUGUUUCAGGAAGUCAGAGAGUGCAUGGAUAAACAGGAUAGCCCUAGCAGCUAGUUCUGAAGCAGCCUGUGUUCAGAGCUCACAGCACUAAUUAACUUAAGAAAAAUGACCCCAUCCUCUGAAAGCUGCAUCACUCAGCUGUGGAGUGUGUCCCAUUAAGAUGGCAGAUGGGACAGCAGCUACCUCUCUGAGGUUGGGAUGAAUAUUGUUUUACUAAAUUCCUGUCUUGGAUCUCAUAACUCUUCCAUUUCCCACGCCUGCUACACUCAUAUGCUGACAAAAUACUACUGCUAAUAAAACACUACAUUUAUUUUCAAAACUUUGAGCAGUGUCUUAAUUUGUUCCUGCUGCUUGCUCAGUGGGAUCUGUUUGUCCUUAAGCCUUAAGCUGCUGCACCAUGCAGCAGAACUGCAGCUGUUGUGGCUCUUCUCUUGCAUGUUUCCUGUCACAGCUGUUAAACGGGCUGACUGGCUGUUACUCUAAUAAAUGGCUGCAGCUUUUGUUCCAUCUUUUCCCACUUAAUUGACCAGACUAGGUGGGUCAAUCACAGAAAGCAAAUGAUGCUGUGUGUAGAUGCUCUGUGUGUAGAGCUCUGAAGGUCUACAUUCUAAUGGCUUUCUUCUUUCUUUACAGACAGGAGCUUUUUUAUAUAUUUUCAUUACUGUACCCAUUGUAUUCUUCCAGAAAAUACAGCUACAACUGUUCCAAUCCCACACCCUUUGUAUCACAGAGGAGACUUACUGUGAACUUUUGUAUCAAAGCAGUAACUUUAUUUGAGCCCUUGCUUUUCUUAGGUUGUCUUCCUAUGUCUCUUGUGUUACACCAGUCACAAUCUUGUGAAUAGCCUUGCUUGGAAGGCUCGGAUACAAUAACAAAAUUUUGUAUAAUUUUUGUUUUAAUCAGGACCCACUGAGAAUUCAUCACUUUGGUGAAACUUAAGUGCCUAAAAAACAAAUUCAUAGUCUUGCUUUUCUUUUAUGAAGAUCUGAGAUAUCUUCUGAAAUCAAGUUCUUCCAAGAACUCACAAACUUUGUGGUGUCUCCCCCAGGAGUGAAUUUCUGAAUGGCAUCAUAACCUAGUCCAAGUUUUAAGGCAGUACUUGCGUACAUUUGUUCCAUCUGCAGGAGCACAAGGAAAUUUGUCUUAAGGUUAUUUCCACUACGGUGUUCCUCUGGCUUGCCUGCUCAGAGUUGCAGAAUUAAUUCAGAGCAAGGACUGAAAUACAAGGAAUUCCUAGUACUCACUGAAAGCCAUCUGCACUGAGCUGUUCCUCUCCAAAUCAGGGAGCAUUCACCACCUAUGAGAUGUAACCAGGACUGACUCCUUGCUCCUGUUCUUGGAAGCUGCAUUCUAGAGUGGCCAGUAGUUCACAGGGAAUAAGGCACUGCACUGAAUUUCAGUAUGUGCUGCCAGUUUCUAGAGGAAUCCUAGGAAGGUAACUCUUCAUUUUGUUUCCCAACAAUGGGCUGUUACAAUGUAAAUCCUAGAAUAGGGCUUAUUUCUCCUGUACAGGGUGAUUAUGAGCCUGUUGAAAAAGACCUGACAUUAUGCCAUCCCUAGGGCUUCCUGUGUGCCUAUAAAGCACAUAUUUGCAUAUGAACAGUUGGGAUUGUUGAUUUAAUUAAGAGUGAAAAUAAUACCUUUGGACGUCUUUUUCUAGGGUACUUCAAAGUUUCUUAGUGGAUGUAAUCUUCUGACAAGAAAGACCUUCCAGUUGCUGCUGGAUUUAACACACUUGUGAAGAAUGCUUCAGUAAUGAACUAGUGAAUUCUGAUUCAACCUUAUCACUUUCCAACAGAACUUCCCUGGUAAAAAUUUCAGAAGUGCUUCAGUGGCUUGUUUGCUCUAAAGUUCUGCCUCCUUACACCAUCUAGUCCUUAAGUAAUAACUAGGAAACUUUUGUUCUCAUGAACUAUGCAGGAUCUUUGCACAUCCUGAAUAUCAAGUAUAAAAAACAACCCACUUUAGUCUACCUCAGCAGUGUUUGAAUUAGACAUUCCCUGCAAAAACAAAUACAAAUAAAGGUGUUCAGGUUCCUAUGGAAAGCACCAAGUUAAGUGCCAUGUGUUAUGUUAUAUAUAAAUGUCAUAUGGACUAUAUACAAAUGCACACACAGUCUGCCCUAAGUCCUGCAGACUAUCCAGGUUCAUGACAUGUCUGAAAUUAUUAGAUGAUUUUUUAAAAAGAAGGGCUUUGGUUUUAACAGAAAUUUGAUGACUUGAAUCCAGUCAGUCCAGCCCUCUUUCCACCUCUUCUGAGGUCAGGGUUUACUUCCAUCAUGACCUCUCAGUUCUUGGAUCCAAGUGUGAAAGAGCUCCUGUAGAUUCUGAAGAAAUGACAUCAUUCUGUCUUCUGUCUGUAUGCUAGUAGCUGCCUGAUCUUGUCUAGUUUGAUGGAUCUGAGUCCCAGGAUCUUAAUUUUGAGGUAAGAACAUAAGAUGGGAGCUGCUUAGAGGAGUUGCUGAAAGUGCAUUUAUCGUUCCUACGAGGUGAAGAGUUGCAUGGGGAUACUUGCCGGUGUGCUUCCAGCUGCCAGUGUGCUCCUUGGCCUGCUGGCACUCGUAGAACUAAUCAAUGACUUUAUAAGAAGGCUAAAUUGUAUUUUGACAGUAAGCUUUUCCUAAAUAAGCCUGAUAAAGUUGCUUUUAUGUGAAUGAUUAAAAAGAGUUACUAUGCAAAAAUCUGGAGUCUGUCCAUUGGUAUCCAUAGAUUUAACCUGUAAGGUGUAGUUGUCUUAAUCCAGAGUAGCAGGCUCUGUGUAGUGAGAGGCACCGUGCAGUCAUGGGGCUGUGUGUGAAGUAAGUCUCAGUUUGAAUGGCAGGGUAGUUAGAAGAGCUGGUACCAGGUUUUCCUGAGUGUGAACUUGUAAUAGGAAAUCUUUACUGACCUCUCAUCAGCAUGUCAUUCUGUUUUAAAAUUACCUAUUUAAAACAAACAUUUGCUAGACCAUCUAUUUUUCUAUUCAAAGCUUGUAAUACUCAAUCACAUAUAAGAGAUGGAGCAUUUCCCUGUAUCAGGUCAGGUGUCAAACAUACUGAUACUGGAAUAGGUUUGUUUGACGCCACCCCAGUAAAAUGCUGAUCGUUUUUUUUGGUGUAUGAUUUUCAAAGUUUCACAGUUCACUAUGACUCCAAGUGCAAGGUAGAUUAAACCAAAUGCUGGGAUCAGAUCCAUUCCAUGUCAUAAAUGCACACGUUUCUUCCUGUCUGAGAGCUCUUUGUGUGCUGCUUGGCUGAGACUGUGGUGGCUUAGAGCCUUUGUAGGAGACAAGGUGCUGAUGUCUGAAGUAAGCAAGUGUUGGUAAAAAUCAACUGUACUCAUUGUAGGUUCAGGUUAAGAACUUUAUAACAUGUCAGGUUCUCUUGCUGGAUUAAUGUAAACUGCUUUGUUUGCAGGGUUUAUUGUCAUCCCAAAACCAGGCCAAUUCUCCAAGUGGAACUGUAGUAUAGCCAUCACACUACUGCUAGCAAAUCUCUGAACACAGGACAAGAAGUAAUGACAGUGGAACCAGGAGCUGUUCUUCAGGCAAAGAGCAUCACAAAUUAUAAUGUGGCAGAGUGCAAACAUGGAAUUAUGUGAAUCACAUAGUGACUUGCAAAGGACAAAUGUAAGGAGCUCUCACUACAUCUGAUCCUGCUAGGCUGCUCACCCAAGGAAGAGUUUGCAUUGGAGAAAAAGCAAAAAGCUUCCUUUAGUGCUGCAGGAAAAAAGUAGUAACAUUUUUGUUUUCUUUAUACUUUCCAAUUCCAGUGUAAUUUAAUCUCUCUAUAAAUAUAUAAAUAAAGGAGAUAUAUCUAUCUAUCUAGAUAGAUACAUAUAUAUAUAUAUAUAUAUAUAUAUAGUGUAAAAUAAGAUAUGUUUGUUAAAUUCAAGUAAGUUCAAUGGUUAAACUAGUACUUUCACCAUUGUUUAUUUUGCACUGAUUUUUUUAACCAGAGGUGGCUAGAAGACAGCCUGGAAUGCACUCAUGGAAAAUGAAAGUCAUUACUUUCUGGCUUCAAAAUGUUUUUCAGGAAGAUGGAUGCUGCAAUCAUAGAUUUUUUUAAAACAAAAUUGUUUUGCACUUAAAUAGUUUAAUGCUUAUAGAAAAUUACUUUAAAAUUGGUGUCCAGACACCAGAAAAACUAUGUUGUGGAAAAAAGAUCCUUUGUAUCUAUUAAACAUUUAUUUUAAUAUUGUUGUUUCCAACUGCAAUUGGCUCUGUAUUAUAUGUAUAAAUAAUGUAAUUCAGUGAUGGGGGAGGGGAGUAAGGGAUCAUUACACUAGAAAUUCUCAUUCAGUUAAGAAAGUGAUAUUUCUAAUUCAGAAAAUACAUAUUAAACUAUCUUGAAUAUGCAGUUUUGUUUACUUUCUGUUCAAAUCCAAUCACUUUUGAUGUAACCAGUUCUUUGUUGAAUUAAAUGUUUGGUACAGAAAUACUAUCUAAACUUUGUAGAACAAAUUCCUUUCAAAAAUAGCUCACCUAGAACAU